GGCCAACAUUGUACCACAGCAGUUUGAAGAUGGCGGAGGGUGAAUUGAACGUGGACAGCCUCAUCUCUCGGCUUCUAGAAGUGCGGGGAUGUCGCCCAGGGAAGAUCGUCCAGAUGACAGAGGCAGAGGUGCGGGGCCUCUGCAUCAAAUCCAGGGAGAUCUUCCUCAGCCAGCCCAUCUUAUUGGAGCUUGAGGCCCCUCUGAAGAUCUGUGGUGAUAUCCAUGGCCAGUACACAGAUCUGCUGAGGCUGUUUGAGUAUGGAGGCUUCCCUCCUGAGGCAAACUAUCUCUUUCUUGGUGACUACGUGGACAGAGGGAAACAGUCUCUGGAAACCAUCUGCCUCCUGUUGGCCUACAAGAUCAAAUAUCCAGAGAACUUCUUCCUGCUCAGGGGAAACCACGAGUGUGCUUCCAUUAACCGUAUCUACGGCUUCUACGAUGAGUGCAAGCGAAGGUUCAACAUAAAGUUGUGGAAGACCUUCACCGACUGCUUUAACUGCCUUCCCAUCGCUGCUAUCAUUGAUGAGAAGAUCUUCUGCUGCCAUGGAGGGCUAUCGCCUGAUUUGCAGUCAAUGGAGCAGAUUCGCCGGAUCAUGAGGCCAACAGACGUGCCUGAUACAGGUCUGCUCUGUGACCUCUUGUGGUCAGACCCAGAUAAGGACGUUCAAGGUUGGGGGGAGAAUGACCGUGGGGUCUCCUUCACCUUCGGGGCAGAUGUGGUCAGCAAGUUCCUAAACCGCCACGACCUGGACCUCAUCUGCCGAGCCCACCAGGUUGUGGAGGAUGGAUACGAGUUCUUUGCCAAACGCCAACUGGUCACACUUUUCUCUGCUCCAAACUACUGCGGGGAGUUCGACAACGCAGGCGGCAUGAUGAGUGUCGAUGAAUCCCUCAUGUGCUCCUUCCAGAUCCUAAAGCCCUCAGAGAAGAAGGCAAAAUACCAGUAUGGUGGCGUAAAUUCUGGCCGGCCCGUCACUCCACCCCGUACCACCCAGGCCCCAAAGAAGAGGUGAACGUGCAGCUUUCCCUCUCCUCCCUCCACUCCCCUUCUUACCCUGUCUGUCCCUGGUCGGCCAUCAUGGCGACCCCUGUAACUCCCCUGUAAAGCGAAGAUACAGGGCCUAUCUAACGCCCAAAUCUUUCUCCCCUCUUUCACCCAGCCCUUCCCCAACUCCACUGACAGCUCUUUUCUUAAUGUGUAUGUGUACAUAAAUUUGCUGUGACCAAUCUGUUUUAUUUUUUUGCCUGUUUGUUGGAAUUUUUGAUAUUAUUAACUGAUGAUUUGUCGCUCUACUUCCAACGUCAUUAGAGGUUUUUAAAGGUUCUGUGUCGUGUAUGAAAAGACCUUCUCUGUUUGGAGGGAACAAGUAAGUGUGAUUCUGUUCCAGUUGAAGAAAAACAGAGUGAAGAUUGAACUUUUUUUGCCUUGACCUCUCAAAAAGUAGAGAGAAUUUGUCCAAUGUAUUCUAAUGAGACUGAGGUUUCCGUGCUGUGCUAAAAAUCUGUAGAUGCAAAUAACUUUCCUCAUAUUCUGGUUCAACAGCUAAAAUGCAGCAUGUGCGGUGAACCUUUGGUUGUGAAGCACUUUUUCUCUAUAUUUAACCAUUCAGAAAAGUGCACCUCUCCAUGAGUAGCAAAGAAUGUGAAGAGACCGGCGUGAAUGAAGAGUAGAGGCUAAAUCAGAAGCUGCUGGCAGUGAAACUAAAUGCCCUCUGGGUAUCAAUCCCCUCCCCUCUGUUAUUCCUCCCUGUGCCUCGACUCCACACCCACACAAACACACGCCGCUCCUCAAACAGGGCUGCUAUUGACUUUUUUCCUGGGUCUAUUUAUUAUUAGUUCUCAUCAGGAGAAUUUCAGGCAUAUAAUCUCGAUUUGUAGUGACGACUGCAGAGAGAUUUCUUUCAUUUGUGCCCAUGGAGAGCUCUCUCUAUGCAUAGGCAUCGAAAAUGCAGAUUUGCUGCAUUCAUGGUGUAUUUAAAGUGCUUAUAAAUUAGCCAUGUCGUAGUAUUUGGGUGAGAAGAACAAAGAAAAGACCAUAUUUCUGUCUAAUACUUUUAAAAUAAACCCUAAUAAUCUAACUAAAACCAGAGGACUGGGUGGCAGGACGAGGCUGAGAAACUAUGAGAUAGUGACGCCACCUGGUGUAUAACUGCAGCAAAGCAGAAUUCAAAGCAGAGAGCUCGAGACAAGCCUACCCCGAUCACUGACAGUACAAAAUGUUCUGUCAUCUACCACAAGGAGGAGCUUCAGUUUGACUGUUCGGCUCACCAGCGAUUAGUCUGGUUGAAAAUUUAAACAAGACGCAGUUGACCCUUUGUGGAAAACAGUUGCCUCUUUUCUUUAUUCUUCUUUUCUGCUCUUUGUGGUAUUAUGUUUUCUGUUGUAUUUCUUUGUUCUCUAUUCACAUUGUUUACUUUUUAUUCACUUAAUUUAUUUCCUAAUAACAAUAAGAUUAAGAAGAAGAAAACAAUGAGGUGUUACCAAAAGCUGUUUUGCAAUUUGUACAAGUUUGUUGGAAAGUCUAUCAAUUCAAUAAAAUGGAUGGAAACCAAA